CUAUAUGUGGCACUGGAGCCGCUUUAGGAAUCCAGUCCAAAUGUUUUCCAUAUUAGUUCAGAGCCUUCUCUGUUUCCAAAUAGCAACCGAGCAAGGCUUAUGGUGAGAGGAGGCCUGGGCAGGGAGGGGAAGGGAAGGGGAGCGAGGCAGACAGCAGACAGGCUCAUCCACCCCAAACACUGCAACAGUCAAAGUCAAGAGUACAGACAGGGAAAAGAGUGUAGAAAAAGGAGGAGAAAUGGGGCAGGGGCAGAAAGGUUCCUCAGACAAGAAGGAGGGCAAGAAGAGGAGAGAUGAAAGCCCAGCACCAGAAGACGGCAAUAGGUGCAGAGUCUGUCGCUUCCCUCUGCUCGUCGCCCUGCUCCAGCUGCUGUUGGGGGUGGCCAUCACAGCCGUGGCCUUCCUCAUGUUGGCCAUCAGCCCCUCACUCCUGGCCAGGGAGACGCCACACUGGGCUGGGAUCAUUCUGUGUUUAGUUUCCAUCCUGGGCUUUAUCCUGUACUGUAUCACCUACCUCCCCGAUGAGAGAUCGUCUAAGCAAUUCAUUGUCAAGCUCCUGUACUUUAUCCUGUGUACAAUCGGCCUGGUCAUUUCUGUGCUGGUCAUGGCGUUCGCUGGACACCACUAUUCACAGACCAGUAGCUUCACAUGUGAGCUGAUGAUAGAUGACUGCAUGUGCAAACUGGAUGAAUCUGACCCAAUAGCCCGCACCUUCAUCUACGAGGGAGUCAGCGACUGUGUGGUGAUCACUGGUACCCUCACACUCUACUUCCUGCUCCAGAUUGUGCUGAACCUGGCCCAAGCACUUGUCUGUGCCGUCGGUGCCUUCAUCAUGUGGAAGCACCGUUACCAGGUGUUUUUCGCUGGUCUUCAGAUCGGUUCUCCUUCGUCUCAGCAGUGGCACAAGGUUUAACGUGAUGGUGAGAGUUGAUGGAUUGACUCUCGUCAAGCAGAUGUGUGAUUACACUCUGGACAAGCGUGUUUUCAUUGAUGUCAGUUUAUAUUAACCUUUUUUGUGGUGGUUGUAUUAUAAUAGCUUUUUGCACAAUUUUUGUAUACCAGUAGCAACUUUGUACUUCCAGUGUCAGAUGUUAUAAAAAAAACCGAAAAGAUGAAGAGGAGCAAAACAACUGGUCUAUUUUUGACAAACUAAACCAAUUAUUUGUGCUCUACGUUUACGACUUUUUAACAAUGUUUUUAAUUAUCUUGACAUUUGCUUGUGUGACAUACAGCUCAUAUACAGUUGCAGUACUAGACAAACUAUAUGCACAACACUGAAGCCAAAAUAGGUCAUUUGUUGCUAACUCCAAACAUGUACAUGGCCUUGCAAAAUGCCCUUUGGUUUGAGUUACUGAGAUUUAAUGAUCUUGAUUAGUUGCUGGAAUGAUGCUUUAGGUGGCACAGAGAAUCACUGUGUUGUCAAAUUAUGAUUAGAAAGUGUUAAAUGACACUGCCUCAAGCUCUGGGAAACAGUUUUCACACAGUCAAAAGGUCACAUAUUGUAGAAAUGUAGUGAGUAAUAUUAUAUGAGGCAUCCUUUUUAAUCUUUAGUUCAUGAAAAAUAAGAAAUUCUUUAGUUUAUUGCAGUUUAUUGAAGUUUCCAACCUUUCUAGCCUGGUGUAAUUCAUUUUCACAUUGUUUGACACACAAAACAACCGAUGGAUUAAGCCCAUGAAUUACAUGUUUUGUGUCUUUUGCUAAUAUAUAAACUUAUGCAAAACAAUACCAACGUAGUUUUCAGCAGAUAGACACAACCCCUGUAAUACUUCAGACUGUCCAGUUGUAUGCACUAAAAACGGAUCCUGACAGCAGUAACACAAUCUGGGCAGAGUACACUUCAUGAGACUGGAUCCAGACUGAACUGGGCUGUGGCUUUGCGAAGGUGGAUGCCAGGCCAGUAGCCAGCAUGACUCAAACAGCCUGUAGGAGUCAAACUACUGCAGCCACAACGGGUGGGGGGAAGGGGCCGAGGUGAGGAAAGGGGGACUCAGACAGGCAGCUGGACUUUAAGUAACUAAAUCAUCUCAGUGUGUUUACGAUGUGAGUUGUUUUUCAUUCAGACAAGACAGAGUAAUAACAGCACAACUUUAGCUUUGGGUUUUUUUUUCAUCCUCAUGCAGAGCUUUAUUUUAUUUUUACUCUCAUCUCUGGUGCCAACAGCACCUACAGUCUAUACAUGCUGAGCAGUGAAUGGUAAACAUGAGGCAGUUUCCGGAGCUAAUUAGAUUAAAAAAAAAAAAACGUGCCUAUGGGGAUAGUGUAAUUAGUGUACAACGUUAUUUCUAUUUUGUCAUUGACAAAAGGUUGAUUUCUUUUUCACAGAAGCCUUAAAUGAGGUGUUUGAGAAAGGAGCAUUUCAUGUGGCUGAAGAACUUAACAAGUGCAUUUCCUCUUUCUAGACUGUUUGUGGCUACAAAUACAAUUUUUUGUCUCUGUUGUAGUAUGCAGUUUCCUUUUUCCUGUUUUGUCACAGCACAUAAUCAGUUAGCACACAAAAACAGCCAUUUCAGACCCAAAGCAUCACUCAUAUUCAAAUGAAUAAAUUUGCUUUUGCUGUUAAUUGCACUCUGCAUCCUUCAAGCUAUGAUCAUGUUUAUGCUAUAUGCCCAAACAUGAGACAAGCAUUAUUAAAAUAGAUGGUAUAUAUAUAUAUAUCUCAAAGUUAGGCAGCAUCUAAAUGUAUGAUUAAUCUGUGACAUCAGCAGUCAAAGACGUCUCUGUCACAUUUUUGGGGGGUGAUGAUGGAGCUCAGUUGGAUAACAAUCAAAACAGAGAAACACCAGGCUAUUAAAAGAAGUGCGGGCGUUGUUGCAGCAAUGAUUUAUCAAUUCUGGUCAAUGAUACAUUUCACACACUGUACUGCAAAAGCUCAUACUGUACAUACUGCAUCUACAUGUGAUGGAGGGCAUGCUGUGUUUGCAGUGUUUUUCCGUGCGCUCGCUCUGUGUUAUGAUGUUGAUGCAUCAUGUGACCACAAAGGCUCAAUCUCGCAGGCCCAGACACAGGAAGUCACAUGCCAGUCAUCACGAGGGCAUGUUUAUUUAUAAAGAUGACAAUGAGGAAGAACCUUCCACCCACCUCCUCCUCAACUUUCUGUGUGGUCAAUUGAUCUUCUGAGGCAAAACAAUAAAAAAAAAAAAAAAA